UUUCUUCAUUAAAUUUAUCAAUGGCGGAUCAUCAACAGAAAAUCCAUCCGGUGCACGAAGAUGUCGAGGCCCAACACACACCAACAGUUCCAUUGGUACCACGAGGCUCCUCAAAAUCUGAUCAAACACCCCAACAUGAUCCACCAUUUGAAAGAACUCUUCCUGUGGUUCACUCAAAACCACCCAAAAAGAAAAGAAGUUGUUGCUGCAAGUUCUUAUGUUGGACCAUUUCUCUUCUUUUACUCCUCAUCAUCACCAUCGCAAUUGUUCUUGGAAUAUUAUUCCUUGCUUUCCAGCCAAAGAUACCAACAUAUUCCGUCGACAGAAUGCGAAUAACCGAGUUCAAUUUUUCUGGCGAUUCGAGCUUAGAGGCGACGUUUAAUGUUACUAUUACUGCAACAAAUCCGAACAAGAAAAUAGGAAUAUAUUAUGAAAGGGGGAGCCAUAUAAGUGUGUGGUACACAGAUUCAAAACUAUGCGAAGGGUCAAUACCAAAAUUCUACCAGGGUCACCAGAAUACAACAGUGCUUAAUUUGCCAUUAACAGGUCAAACACAAAACGCCACCGCUUUGGCUACAUCACUACAACAACAGCAGCAACAGACUGGGAAUGUGCCAUUGGAUCUGAAGGUUGAUCAGCCAGUGAGGGUUAAGCUUGGGAAAUUGAAGCUGAUGAAGGUCAAAUUUGCAGUGACGUGCAGGCUGGUGGUAGAUAGCUUAGCCACAGAUAACUCCAUUAGUAUUCAGAAUAGCAGCUGUAAGUUUAGACUUAGGCUUUAGAUUUAGUAAUUAAUAUUUACUCUACAUUUUACGUUUCUCUAUCACUUUUGAUAUAUUCCAUAAAAAUAGUGGAGGACUGCUCUAUUAUGUGGUCGGUACUGGGUAUAUACCUCCCUAUAUACAUUUUGUUGAAUUUUGUGUACACUAGUUAUCAAAUUAUUUAUUGAGGAGAUGACAAUUUCCCACAAAAGGUUUGGUGUAAUUAUUUUUCCCACCCAUAAACUUUGAGAAAAAACAAUUUCCCAUCCA